GGAAGAAAAAAAGAAGAAGGAGAAAGAGGAGAGAGAUUUGAGGAAAAGAUUCAAUAUCAAGGGUGACAUCAACAUCAUCGAUGAGGGCAUCGUCCUGGAGGCCAUGGAUGCUGAGUAUGAGAAGUAUGGGCUGCAAUGUCAGAUCGGAGAGAAGAUUGAAAUCCUCAGGAAAGAGGGAAAUCCCCCUGGGAAGUGGCUGGCUAGGAACCCAGGCGGACAUUAUGGUUACGUGGAUCAUCAGUUUGUGAGACUAGAAGGUUUUGAUGCCGGAGAGGUCUAUGAUGAUGUCAUGGCUGAAGAAAAAAAAUCAGAAACGCCGGAAAUUGUUGAACCAAUUGAAACAUUGGAAAGUGAAGAUGAGGAAGAAGAAAACAUCUAUGAUGCUGUUAAUUGAGGGACCAUCCAACUUCAUCAAGUGAACUAUCAAUUGAACAAACUUUCCAUGAUCUGUACUUCAAAGAACAAAUCGACACCCCAGUGUUUGUCUCAGCCAUGAUCUUUUGAUGAGGAGAUAUUGAACUUCUUUGGUGUGUUAAGUUGAUAUAUACAUUAUAAAAGCAGCUAUGAAGGAAUGUUUUACUUCAAGGUCCAGGAGAAAUUCUUUAUUUUAAGAGAAUAGCGCCCUCACUGCUUUUCAGACAUUCCUUUGAGAUGAUGAGGUAGAGAACAUCUUCGGUUCCACUAAUUUGCAAAAGCCAACUCUG